GUUCCCCACUGCGCCCCCACGGGGACUUGGAGUUGCACGGGCCCGGAGUACUUGACAACUGCCGACCUAGUCGGACGUCCUCUCACCACCCAGUCUUCGCGAAGUUUGACCCAUGUCGCAGGCAAUGAAGUCGUUCACAGUGGACGAAGUGGCUAAGCACAACAGAGAGGGUGAUGUGUGGAUCGUCAUUGACUCCAAAGUAUACGACAUAUCCAAGUUUGCGAACCUGCAUCCAGGAGGGACUGGGGUCCUCUUGACCGAGUCGAUUGCCGGAAAAGAUGCUACGCAAGCAUUCUUUGGUCUCCACCGACACGAGGUUCUCUUGAGACCCCAGUACGCUCGGCUUCAGAUCGGUACCAUAGCCGGAGAGGAGCCAGCCAUCAAACCACUUGCCACCGACGAGCCUUCGCGUGUCCCAUUCGCCGAGCCGUCAUGGCUCUCGUCUGGUUACUUCAGCGCGUACUACAAGGACAGCCAUAGGAAGUUCCAGCGAGCCAUGCGGAAGUUCGCCGUGGAAGUCGUGUACCCAGAUGCAGUCAAGUGCGAAGACAACGGCAAGCGGAUAUCCCAGUCUGUCGUAGAUCAGUUGUGCGCGAUGAACAUCCCGGCAAUGCGACUGGGUCCUGGCAAACACCUGAAGGGUCGUUCAUUACUGGGAGGGAUCAUCUCAUCCGACGAGUUCGACCAUUUCCACGAGUUGAUUGUCAACUUCGAGCUGUCCCGCUUUGGCACGCGUGCCUAUGUAGAUGCGCUCUUAGCGGGCGAGGUGAUUGGCCUCCCGCCGGUGCUCAACUUCGGGUCGCCGGAACUCCAGGCAAAGGUGGUACCCGAAGUGCUCGACGGGAAGAAGUUCAUCUGCUUGGCAAUCAGCGAAGCCUUCGCGGGAAGCGAUGUGGCCGGCCUGCAGACGACCGCGGUCAGAGAGGGGGAUGAAUGGGUGAUUACAGGCACUAAGAAAUGGAUCACCAACGGAAUGUUCGCGGACUACUUCACCGUCGGAUGCAGGAGUAAGGAUGGCUAUGUCGUUGUCCUUGUUCCACGAUCCGACAAUGUCGAGACCAAAGCCAUCAAAACGGCGUACUCAUCGACUGCUGGCACUGCAUACGUCACAUUCGAGAAGGCUCGCGCUCCAGUCGCAAAUACGUUGGGCAAAGUCGGUCAGGGGUUGCAAGUCAUCCUGAGCAACUUCAACCACGAGCGAUGGAUGAUUGUCUGUACGAGUCUGAGUGCGCAGCGAUUGGUGGUGGAAGAGUGCCUGAAAUGGGUGACCCAGCGAAUAGUCUUUGGUAAGCCGCUGAGCUCGCAGGCCGUCGUACGCUCAAAGCUUGCGAGUAUGAUCGCUCGAGUGGAAAGCGGCCAGGCCUGGCUAGAGUCCAUCACACACCAGAUGAACAACAUGGCAUACCACGAGCAGUCCGACAAGUUGGCGGGACAGAUCGGUCUCCUGAAGCAGUUCAUAACACGCACAGGCCGUGAGACUGCAGAAGAUGCCACACAGAUAUUCGGUGGCCGGUCCAUCACGGCAGGUGGCAUGGGCAAGCUGAUCGAGAAUUUCCAUCGCACGUCACCGUAUGAUGCUAUCCUCGGUGGCCAGGAAGACGUCCUGGGUGACUUGGGCGUACGGCAAGCGAUAAAGAAGAUGCCCAAGGGCGCGAGGUUGUGAUAGCUGUCAAGAAGUCGGUGCACAGGUUCUCCCGCAACCUGGUCGUCAUAUCAUGCAUCUCGUCUUGUAUACGUUAUGUAGUAACGGAAUACGGUGGCUCGGACGAUUUCUACUGUGGAGUAGGAGGGAGCUUCGUGGUGCCAGGGCGUGUCUGGACCAUUGGCAGUGCCAUCGCAUUAUCGACAUUGGAUCCGCGAAAUGUAUCAAGGCCCGAGGCCUCGCGUUCACCACCUGAGCUGCCAGCUGUUCAAGUUCAUUCA